AUGGCCUGUGUACUCGAGGAUGCGGCUGACUUUACAGGUGUCAAUAACAUCAGCAGAGACGCAGUAAAACAAACCCUGAACCUGGCCCCCAACCUGGCGACAACCCCGAACAGAACCCUGAACCUACCCCAACCUGGUGACAACCCCAAACAGAACCCUGAACCUACCCCCAACCUGGUGACAACCCCGAACAGAACCCUGAACCUACCCCAACCUGGCGACAACCCCGAACAGAACCCUGAACCUACCCCCAACCUGGUGACAACCCCGAACAGAACCCUGAACCUACCCCAACCUGGUGACAACCCCGAACAGAACCCUGAACCUGGCCCCCAACCUGGUGACAACCCCGAACAGAACCCUGAACCUGGUCAGUGGUCCCCCAACCUGGCGACAACCCCGAACAGAGCCUUGAACCUAGUCCCCAACCUGAACCCUGAACCUACCCCCAACCUGGCGACAACCCCGAAAAUAACCCUGAACCUGGCCCUCAACCUGGUGACAACCCCGAACAGAACCCUGAACCUGGCCCCCAACCUGAACCCUGAACCUGGCCCCCAACCUGGCGACAACCCCGAGCAGAACCCUGAACCUACCCCCAACCUGGCGACAACCCCGAACAGAACCCUGAACCUGGCCCCCAACCUGAACCCUGAACCUGGCCCCCAACCUGGUGACAACCCCGAACAGAACCCUGAACCUGGUCAGUGGUCCCCCAACCUGGCGACAACCCCGAACAGAGCCUUGAACCUAGUCCCCAACCUGGUGACAACCCCGAACAGAACCCUGAACCUACCCCCAACCUGGUGA